AUGGCAACGAUGAUGGAGAAGAAGGAGCAAGUGGCCACGUGGAACGGUGACCCUACCACGUGGCUGGAAUACGUGAAACGGGUUCGCUUGCAGUUUGAGCGAACAGAGAAGAAGAGGAGGUGCUUGUUGGGUGCAGAGCUUGCUUCGAGGCUCACGGGCCGAGCCUGGGACAUCGUCAGCGCUGAGGUCGAUCAUUCUCAGUUGCAGAAGCGUGAUGGUGCUGCAUAUUUGCUUCGUUUUCUGGAAGAGCGUUUGUGCAAGGCACCUGUCCCGGAUACAGGCCAGAGGCUGGAAGACUUCUUUCUUCGCCUGAGGCGAACACCUGGUUCGUCCAUGGCAGAGUGGGCAACCCAGGUGAGAGAAAGUUACCGUCGACUUCAGCGAGCUAUGGCACGACAGCGAAAAGACUUGGCAGACCGUGAUGGUCAGUUGAGAGAGCGUGCAAUGUCUUCGACUCACUCCAACCCAGGUCAUCGUCGACAGUCGGAUGUCACUACACCCAAAGCCCCUACAGCUUCAGUUGAGAGCGCAAGUCCUGGAUUUCCGGCCACCGAUUCUGGAAACGGCCAGACCGACAGGCCUGAUGAUCCAAGGGAGACAGAUGAGCCCGACCGAGGUGCCUAUGAGAACCGCCAUUGGCGUCGUGACGAUGCCAUGUCAUGGACAGCUUGGGAGGAGGAUGAAGAGGAGGAUCCGGUGAUUGAGUGGGAACAAUUUGAUUUGGGCUCCGAGCGCAUUUUACCGGAUGAGAUCCUUGGUUGGAUCCUUUUGCGCAGGAGCGGCCUUCCAGCAAAUGCUAGGUUGUCAGUGUUGAGCGCUACCAACAACAGGUUGGACCUUGCAUCUAUGGAGCGUGCUAUGCGUGACCAGGAGGAGGAGUUGUUGGCCGCCGAGGCCCAUCGCAGUCGCGGUGAUUUGCCCCGACCUCGUCGAUCGUUUUGGGUUGAAGAGGAUGCACAUUGGGGCUUGUUGUCAGAAGUUGACAUUGAAGAUGUUGAUGACAAUGUGUUUUGGGUUGGCGAACGACUUCCCCCUGAUGUUUACAGUGCUCCUGCUGAUGAAGGCAGUGCUUGGUCGACUUGGCUCCCUGAUGGCCAAGAGCUGAGUUGGGAAUGGCAUGAAGAUGAUUUCUAUGCCUCUGAUGCUGCAGGAAUCUUUUGGUCCUGGUCAGAGACCAAGACCUGGUUGGAUAUGUGCGAUGCCCCGACCUCAGAUGGAGAUCCACUGCAAGAGGCCUAUGCGGCCUUUCAAGAUCGUUUUCGAACAUUCAAAGAGAGCCGAGCACUCAAUUCAGCAAAACAUUUGUCCAGAGGUUUUUACCCCCUUGGUCAAAUGAAGGGUAAGUUCAUGCAAGCCAAAGGAAAAGGGAAAGGAAAGUCUAAGACCAAGAAUCCCCCCAACAGUUCUUUGGCCACCAGCACGGUUGCACUCUACGCUGGAGGGGCGAAAGGAGCUCCAUCAGGGCAGAAGCCUGCUCCGGCCCGAUCUCUCUAUGCUGCAGCGGUGUUCAUGGUCAGUUCUGAGCAAGCUGACGAGAUUGCUGAUGUGACCUUUCCCACCGGAGAUGUUCUUGCGACUUUGGCUGCCCAAUUUCCUGGCCACGCAGUGCUGGAUUCCGGCGCGACGGAAUCGAUCGCUAGUUUGGAGGCAAUGCAUGAGGUCAUGGAGUUGCGAGCCUCGAUCCACGGUCCUGAGCAUUUUGUAGUGCAUGCUCAACAGAAACGUUUCCGUUUUGGAAACGGGAGCAUCCAGCACGCAGUGUCUUUUGUAGAGCUUCCCCAGAUAGUGGCAGGCAAGCAUGUGAAGCUGGGCGUUCACGCCCUGGAUGCACCGGGCAUUCCUUUGUUGCUGUCAGUCAAGACACUGACGACCCUCCGUGCUGUGAUAGAUUUUGAUGAAGGCCUGAUCUGUUUCAAGGAGGUAGAUCCUUCAGUUUGGAUCAAGCUGAAACGAGCAUCCAACGGCCAUUUACUUUUGGACCUCACCAAAGACUGGCUUUCUGACCGGCCAGAUUCAUGUCUCACGGUGCACGACUUGCACGACCCUGAGCCCGCUCCGAUGUACAAGGCCGCACUUGCUGAUGACACCACAUCAUGCGAGAAGAAUGUUUUUGAGAAUGUUCAUACCACUCCACCAACACUCCAAGAGCCUCUUCACGAUCGGCAUGAGCGCAUGAGUCAUGAUGUUUUUGAUGGAGUUUGUCAUGAAGAGUCGCAUGCAGUAUUUGAACAUGUUUUGCCAGCUUUGGCCACGACUCCGGUUCCAAAGACGACAACGAAGAAGAAGGGCACCAGGGUGCCGACACCGGAGAAGUACGACAUGAGCCGCAGGGAAGGUCCCGACGGCCGGGACAGCCGGGCACAAGGAUUUCCUUGCUAUGGAAACCACACUCCGAUGCCCGAGGGGCGUGGGAGCCUGUCAGGCAGAAAUGGCCAUGGCAAAUGGACAGUGUGCACUCUAUGUCGGCUCCGGAUCGAGUACGUGCCGGCGUACGGUGCAAAAGGGUGUUAUCGCCAGCCCGGACCCCUUGCUCCAGAUGUGACGACCGUCAUGGAGCAGGUGAAGGACGACAUCAAGGACAAACCAGAAGUCCGGGAGAACCUGAACAUGAAGAUGGCGAGCACUCUUGGAGCAGAAGCUUCCCUUCGAAAGAAGCUGGAAGUCCUCGAGAACGACAAGAUCAAGCUCCAAUCCAAAGCACGAGCUCGACCGGAAGCGGUCAAGCAGGAACAGGACGUAGUCCUCAAUGCCUCAGCUCCCAAGAAGACCCUCAAGAGAGAGAAUGUCCAGGAAUCCGAGGAACAGGAGACAGCGGAAUGGGAGAAAAUCUAUGGAAAGCUGACUCCACUGCAGCAGGAAAGCCUCGUGACCUCAGCCGACCACUAUCAACAAGAGGCAGAGGAGACCUUUGAAGUGCUCUUCAACACGUCGUCUCAGGACACUGAGGAGAUCAUCGCCAUGAUCCAUGACUUGAGGCCCAAGAUGAUGUGGAUCUCUCUUCCUUGCGGACCUUACUCUCCUAUUCAGCACAUCUUCAACCAGGCAACUCCGGAGCAAGAAGCAGCACUGCUUCUGAAGAAGAAGAGAUCUCGGAAGCUCAUUCGCAAUGCCCUUCGCCUGGUGAAGACACAGCUUGAAGAAGGAGGACAUGUAUGUUGGGAAUGGCCUCAAAACAACGGUGGCUGGCGACUUCCCGAGCUCAAGGUCCUCUAUGAUCUGAUGAACCAGUUCAAGGAGACGCACCAUGCCCACAUCCAUGGCUGCGCCUUCGGCGUGAAGAAUGCAGUGGGUGUGCCUUUGAAGAAACCAUGGAAGGUGGUUUGCACUUCACCCUCUAUGGCAGCUGCGCUGACUCGCCGAUGUCCUGGAAACCACGAGCAUGCCGAAUGCAUUGGUGGGCAAGAUGCUCGAAACUCAGGCUUCUAUCCAGAAGCCAUGUGCCGGACUAUCUUUCGCACGGUCCAGUCUAUGAACCACUCUCUGGAUGGUGGAGCCUUUGCCGAGUCCUUUCCCAUCUUCGAUGACACCCUGAUGGAGGAUGAGAAGGAGCUCAACUUAGAGAAACCCCUGAGCGACAGUGAACGAAAGAUGGCCAUGCAGACUUUGGCCAAGCUACACCGACGCACCGGGCAUCCCUCCAAUCAUGCCCUAUCUGGUUGCCUCAAACAUCGUGGAGCUCACCAUGAGGUGAUUGAGAUGGCAAAGAAAUACCAAUGUCCAGAAUGUCAAGAGCUUCGGCUAGCUGAGUUGAACCCUUCUGGAGCGUGGCACCAGGCACUCCCAGAGCACCGCAACAGCAACCGGCAACUCCGACAGCAUCCCAGAGAUCCAGAACCCCGGGAAGAGGUCAGCCUGUCCAGAUUGGCACGAGAUCCAAGAUACACGCCCGAGCCAGUGCCAAAACCCAGAACUGUUCCAGAACUCUUUGAGCAGCCUAUCUUCAAGAAGCAACGACGCCUGCACCAAAGCGAAGAUGAGGCGAUGAUGGUCAGUGACACUAUGACCACGCCCAUGGAGGAUUUGGCUGACUACGCCUGCGUCCUCUACCUGGACUUGCCAAGCAAAGCCAAUGAAUGGAGAAAGAUGCGACGAACGCCCAUCAACUACUUCGUGAAGAAGGUGCGUGGAGCAAAAAUCCAAUGGCACAAACUUGAUCCCACCGAGAAGAAGAAAUUCAUGGAGGCAAAACAUUUGGAGGUGCAGCAAUGGCUCACCGCCUCAGCCGUGAAGCGCAUCACCGGCGACUAUCCCAAAGAUCGCCUAGCCAUUGAGCAGAUCACCUACACCACCAAGAAUGAGCAUGAGCCUUUGACAAAAGACGAGAUGUCUCAGCUUCGGGGAGCACUCGGGGCACUUCAGUGGCGGGCGCAACAGACCGCGCCUCACCUGAUGGCCCGACUGGGUCAGCUGCAGAGCUCCAUCACCAAAGCCAACAUUGAGACUAUCAAGGCCACCAACAAGCUGAUUCGUGAGAACUUCCAGCAUCGCUACUUGUCGGCACGAAUUAAUCAGCUGGGUGUGGAGGAUCCCCGAUCGGUCCACUUCGUGGCAUGGAGCGAUGCAGCCCUUGCAAAUCGCAUCGACCUCAGCUCUACUGGAGGAUUCCUCAUAGCAGCUACUUCGGAGAAGAUGUUGCUUGGUGAGCGUGCUCCUUUGACGCUAGUCUCUUGGCGUUCCAGCCGCUUAGCUCGAAAAGCCAGAAGCAGCUUGGCAGCAGAGACCCAGGCUAUGAGCGAGGCAGAUCAAGAGCUCCUUUUUGCGCGACUAGCCUGGGCAGAGUUUUGUGCUUUUGAAGUUGAUUUGAAAGCCAGCGAGAAGGCAAUCUCGCAAAUUCCCGGAACAGUUGUCACAGAUGCAAAAGCACUUUUUGACAUUUUGUUGAAGAGUGAUCUCAAUUCGGCCGCGGCAGGGUUGCGUGAUAAAUAUUCCGCAUUGGAGGUGCUUUGCCUGCUUGAAUCCUUGGCAAAGCUAGGAACCAAGGCUCGCUGGGUGCAUAGUGACCAACAGCUUGCCGACCAUUUGACCAAACCCCUUCCGGCCGGAACACUCCAUAAGGUCCUCAGCGAAGGAGCUGGCCUCGGUGAAGUUCAUCAAGGUGGCCUGCGCUUCAAAAGCUCUGUGCAGGAGCUGAGAUUUGAGCCGAGCUACCGAUCGGGCCAUGUUCCGGGACAUCCAGCUGGCUCGCGCGAAGCUUCAGGAGCAGGAGAACCAGCCGAUGACACGAGUCCAUCAGGUUGGAGAUCCACCACCACGCCAGAGGGAGGCCGUUAUUACUACCAUCCCCGCACCAAAGAGAUCCGAGGAGUUCCACCGCAGGCAGCUUCACAAGAGAGUGAGACACCCUCUGCAAAGCCACGUGUGGGAGAGAAGGUGGAGGUCUUUAGCAAUUCCGCUCGACGCUGGUGUCCGGGCUUUGUGGAGAAGGUUGGAAGGACGGAAGUGACCAUCGCAUUUCAACUUCCAGAAGCAAGGGCCAAUGAAUGGAGCAAGAAGACUCUGGCUCUUGGUCACAAAGAAUUGCGCUGGGUAUCACGACCGUCAGGAUCACCAACACCAACAAGUGGCAGCGCAUCCUUUCCCGAACAGCGCGCCCUGUGCAAAACACCCUCAGGUUUCUUUGGCACCAGUUUGCCGAGCAAUUGGACGCUUGAGGAAGUCGAAUUUUACGACCGGCUGUUUGCCGACUUGAACUCCAAGAGCGACACGUGCUCGAGUCGUCCUGACACCGGGAUCGAUCCUUUGGCCUCCCUGCAAUCGGAGUACCUGGAGCAGUGCGGUCUACCCCGCCGAGCCUUACGAGAGAUUUGGCAGGUGGCCAAUCCCCACCUCAAGACCAGCCUUGGCCUGGAGGAAUUCCGCGCCAGCUGCCGGCUGGUGGGGCACUGUCAAGCGAUGUCCCUCCAGGACGAGAAGGUGUUUCGACGCUUGCGUUCUGGGGGAGGUGGACUGCGAGCAGAUUUACGCAGCCACUGCUUGGGAGAGCCGCCAGUGCGGUUGCCUGACUUUACCUUGAAAGAAGGGUCCUUGCCAGCUAGUGCAAAAAACUCAAGAAAAGCUUUCGGAGAGACAGGUUCAAACUCGUCAUGGUUCCUGAUGGUUCAUGCAUGUUCAUGCAUUUUACAAAUCUGGUCUCCAGGGUAUACCAUCCUACACAACUUGUGUGACCUUCCAUUGGGCACCCAGACAGGAUGGUCCCGUCCCGCUGGAGUGGAUUUUUCGAUCUGUCGUCAGUGGAGAGAUUCGGCGGGCUAG